GUCGCCACAAUUCUGACGAUCGCACGGUGGCUGAUUUGGGGGUCAGCAUUUCCCUCGAGAUCUAGGCUGGCAUCUACGCCAGGCAAGCCGCCUCGCCUCGCGCGUUCCUUGGUACGCGGAGCAGGCUGCCCGUCUUUUCUGCCUCCGGAUCUCGCUCCGCAAUCUUGCGCGGCGACGUGCGGAGGGAGAGGUAGAUCACCUUCC